AUGACGACGCUACGGAGCGAGCCGAUGCUCAGAGGCACCCUUGUGUUGCCCUCGGCAUUGCCCCUGGCUCGCGGUUGCCUUGAUGCUCUGGGGAGACACGGCAUUGUCCAUUUCGUAGAUAUGAACGCUCACUCUCUGACGCGCCAAUUCAACACGUAUAUCCAGCGCAUUGACGAGAUGGAGCGGAUAAUUCGGUUUCUGGAAGAUGAGGUGAACCGCUUGCAAGAUGCAGGCGCGAAGAUUAUCAUUGGCCCGGAAGGCGCGCAGAACUUCCUCGACAACGAUAAGAGCUAUCAGUUGGACAAGGUGGAAGAGGCGCUGAAUCGCCUGCAUGCGCAGUUCGUGCGGUUCAAAAGCAACAAUGCGGAUCUCAUUCAACAGAAGAACGCGGCUCUUGAGGAGAAGUGCGUGAUGAAGACAGCAGUUCAGCAGUUGCAAGGGUCGAGUGUGAAAGACGGUUUUAGCGCAGGUGCGCAAAAUAGCGCCGCGGACGGCACAGCCGCGGGUAACUCCGAAGAGGAGGUUGCGAAGGCUUUGCUAAAGCAGGAAGACAAUAAAGACGUGACACCGACCGCGGAUGAUCCCGAAGGGGGGUUGACUAAGGCCGAAGGAGGUACCUCGGGUUCAAGUGUCUCGACAGUCGCUGGUAUGGUUGCGACGUCAGCCAUUGGCAGAUUCCAACGCAUGCUGUUUCGGACGACCAGAGGAAACGCAUUCUGUUUCUUCCAAUCUACCGCCGAGAAACUUGUCGACAGUCAGACAGGAAACGAGGUUGAAAAGGGUGUGUUUGUUAUCUACUACCAAGGAGCCGUCCACUCCCUUCUCCACGAAAAAAUCGUCAAGGUGUGCGCGGCGUUUGAUGCCAAGCCUUAUGAGUGGCCGCACAGUGCCGAGGAGGCUGCCACGCGUCUUGCGGCGUUGGAGAGUCUGCUGGAAGAUAAGGAACGUGCUCUCGCUGCCUACGAGAAGUAUUUCCUUGGUGAAAUCAGUUUGCUUCUCGAGGUCACGAGGCCUGGCGGCUCCUCGCUGUUGGAAGAGUGGAAAAUGUUCUGCCAGAAGGAGAAAGCGGUGUACGCCACUCUGAACCAAUUUCAAGGUAGAGACAUGACGCUCCGAUGCGAUUGCUGGAUCCCCCGGGACAAGGAAGAAGAAGUUCGGUCCAUCCUAAAGGAAGUUAGCGCGGAUCCUAGCGGGGACGAGCAGGCGUCUGCCUUUCUGCUGGUUGAAAAAGGACGGCCAGCAGCCAUGCCGCCCACGUACUUCAAAACCACCGAGUUCACAGAGCCUUCACAGGUCAUGGUCGAUACCUACGGCAUUCCGCGGUACCAAGAAGCAAAUCCCGCCGUCCUUACCACGAUUACUUUCCCCUUUCUGUUUGGCGUCAUGUAUGGAGACAUCGGCCAUGGUCUAUGCGUCAUGCUGAUGGGUUUGUGGCUAGUAUGUCGGGCAAAGGCUCUGAAGCAAGACCGUUCUUCAGCUUUCCACAGUGCGGUCAAGUACCGCUAUAUGGUAUUUCUCAUGGGUUUUUUCGCCUUCUUUGGCGGCUUCAUGUACAACGACUGGUUUUCCCUUGGUUUGGACAUCUUCGGUUCCCGGUGGACACUCAAAGGCGGUGAACUAGGAACGAGCAGCAUCACAAUGCGUAAAAAGGACGGCGAGUUCCCGUACCCGUUCGGCUUCGACCCGGCAUGGAAAGGAGCGACGAACGAAUUGUUGUUCACCAACUCCUUCAAGAUGAAGUUUUCGGUCAUUGUGGGUUUCGUCCAGAUGUUUGCCGGAGUCUUGCUGAAGGGGUCAAACGCAAUUUUCUUCGAGGAACCCCUGGACUUUGUGUUUGAGUUUAUUCCUCAAGUCUUUUUCAUUUGUGCGCUGGUUGGAUACAUGGACUUUCUGAUUCUGUAUAAGUGGGCCACGCCAGCUGACAGGAACAAGCCGAACCUGAUCAACACGAUCAUCGACAUGUGCAUGCUCUCCGACGUUAAGCCCGAAGACGAGCUGUUCUCGAAUCAGCAGACCGUGGAACGUGUCCUGUUUUUCCUCAUGGUCCUUUCCAUUCCGCUCAUGUUGAUUCCGAAGCCGCUGAUUCUUUGCUCGCGUUUGAAGAAAAGCCUCCCGCAUGGGACGGAAAAGGAGCGGCUAAGCUCGGGAAAAACAAACAGUUCGACUAUUGAACUGGAGCACGCCCCCAAUACAGGUGCGAAUGGUGCAGGCAUGGUGGGAGUCUUGGGAGAGGGCGGCAACGAGAUUCAGGAAGUGGAGGCAGGCUUGAGAAAGCAGGGUACGGCAGACGAGAAAGAAGGCAACGAACUUGGUAGCAACAAGGAAACCAUUGAAGAACAUGAAGGUCCGGGAGAUAUUUUCAUCCACCAGAUGAUCGAGACGAUCGAGUUUAUUCUGGGCACGAUCUCAAACACUGCAUCAUAUCUUCGACUGUGGGCGUUAUCCCUUGCCCACCAGCAGCUUGCUCUCGUGUUCUACACGCAGACGGUGGUGCGAGCAAUCGAACUCACAGACAAUGUAUCACUUGUCGCAGUGGCACUGUUUUUUAUUUUCGCGGCUUACGCCUGCAUCACUUUCGCUGUUAUCCUGUGUAUGGAUUUUCUCGAAGUGUCUCUACAUGCCUUGAGGCUCCAGUGGGUGGAGUUCCAAAACAAGUUUUUCAAAGGAGACGGCUACAAGUUCGCGCCGCUGUACUUCAUCAAGCUUCUACAAGGCGAGGAUGAUGCCUAA